AUGUUGUUUGUCGUCUUGGCCUGCACCGACAUACGUGGGGAGAAGCUCAAUGUGGAGCUGCCGUUCAGGGAGCCACCGGACUCGCUUGCUGAAUUCUACCGCAUACUGGAACGCGUUUUCCGCGGGGAGGAGAACGACGUAAAGGCGAAAAAGGCGGAGACGUCGACGCAUCCUUCGGAGCCGUUUACGGUGAGUCGUGUGCAGAGGUACGAGGAAGACACACAAAUGUGGGUGGAGCUCGGCGACGUGCGGCAACUGCACUUACACGACCAGUUGUACGUGUUUCGCAGGCAUGCGACGAGGGCGGAUAUCUCGACAAGGCGCGAUAUCCCCGCGCCACGUAGAAGCCCCUACUUCUUCGCAUCGCGUGCGUUAGGUUUGGCAAACACGUCUGCGGAACCCGAACUCAACCUCAACCGCACCAGUGGCGCGUCCCCGUCACCACCGGCAUACUCCUCCGUCCCACAGCGGCCACUUACGUCUGCUGUACCGAGAAAUGAGGGUAGGAACUCGACCAACGGUACAAUACAAACUUUACCUGUGCAUCAGCUGGAGGGUUCUGCAGGGGUGACGCAAAGUAAUGCCGCUCCCGUGCCGACUGUGGAGCGCCGACGCAGUGACCCUUCCACUGCAAAGGAGAACCUCUCGUCUGAGCAGGUAGGUGUUGUUUUUGCCGCGGGUGACUCCAGCCACCGCGGCUACUUGACACUGCGGGAUUUUCAAGGCAUGCUCAACACUUGUGAAAUUCAGUUCCCAGCGGAGGCUGCGGAGGAGCUUCAUCGUUGCUUUGCUACGGAAAAAUGCGGUGAGGCAGUGAUGGGAUUUCGAGACUUCCAGAACUUUGCGAGGGAGUUUGUACAGACGGCUAGUGUGGCCUACACACGUUUAGUUGUCCGUGAGCGCCAACGAGUUAUCGAACAAGAGCAGCGUGACAACGCCUCCGCCCUUGACGGGCUCCAGACGGAGAUGAAGGCGCUGGAAGAACGUCUGGAGCUCGUGCAGAGGCAUAUUGCCAGGAAUAAAGAGAAAGAGACGCGUCUACGAAGCGAGUUGGACGAGCUGCGGAGGCUAGACUACUCCGACUACCGUGAGCAGGAGCAGCGGCUCCUUAGCAAGGAGGUUGUUGUUUUUCGCUACCGGCAGAAAUUGCAGGAGGAGGAGAGCGACUAUGAGCGUCUGGUGGCUGAGCGACGGCAGCAGGGGCCAAAUAUGUCGCUGGGGCAAGGACCCGUGCAGGCUGGCGGCUAUUCGUACGAACCGCGCGAAUGCGCCGUUGCUGCGGCAGUAGAAAAGAAAGAGACAAAACAGAAGUGA